GAGGGGCAGGUGGUGGAGCUGCUAUUUGCCGCGCCCAAGGCGGGCAAGCGGGAGCUGCAGCUGCUGCUCAUGUCGGACAGCUACGUGGGCUGCGACCGCAGCCUGCCGCUGCGGAUCAAGGUGGUGCCCAUGACGCGCGCGGCGCAGGAGGGGCGGGACGCCAGGAGCCAGGCCAAGGCGCGGGAGUACAGCAGCGACGAGGAGGAGGACGGAGAGGAAGAGGGUGGCCGGCGGCGGCGCCGUGGCGGUGUUGCCAACGGCAGCGACGCGGGCAGUGCGGUGGGCGAGGAGGGCAGCGAGGAGGGCGAGGACGACCUCAACAGCGAGGACUACGACAGCGAGGAGACGGGCGAGCUGGAGAGCGGCUCCGAGGAGGAGGAGGAGGAGGUGGAGGACGUCAAGAAGGGCAACAACAGGGGCAAGCCCGCGCUGCCGGCUGCCAGCAGCACCAGCAGCAACAGGGGCAGCAGCAACGUGCCAGCGGAUGGCAAGAAGCGGCAGGCGGUGGUGGUCGAGGAGGCGGAGGACGAUGAUGAGGAGGAGGAGGAGGGCAGCGUGGGUGACAAGGAUGAUUAGGGGGUUGUUUAGGAUAGGGUACAAGGCACGUGAGCUGUUUGUUAUGGGUUGUGGUGUGGGGUGCCGGGUCUGGUGUUUUUGGGGGGCUAGGACGAGAGUCUAGCAUAAUGGGAAGCGUUAGCUGGGGCGCAGGGUUGAAUGCCAAGGAUGGUGUUUCCUUCGCAGUCCUUGGGUGCUUGUCCUUGGGUGCUUGGGUGCAUGGUACAUGGGUGGGGCUGCGCAGUGGGACCCAUGGGUCAUAGAGGGCAACAACGUUUUCUGGAGUAGGAAGUUUCCCUGUCGCUGCUUUUAGCUAUGCUAUGCGCGAGUUUGAAGGGCAGGGUUUAGGGUAAGGAAGAUGGCUCGCUGAUAAACGUAGGGAAACGUCUUGGAAAGCAAAGGGGUUGGAGUUUUGGGGGCAGGGGGGCUUAAUACGGCGACGCUACGGUAAUGUUAUGGGCACCAAAUCUAUGUGAGUGGAACAUAGAGCACCAUUGCUGUGAUUGCAGGUGGAUCGUGUGAUCGCAGGUGGACCCUACUGGGGGAACAUCUCCUCCUGAUGCCCUUUUUAACAUGCAUUGGGACGAAACUCGUCCGGUGAGAGCUGCC